UGGGUUUUAUAUUUUUUAAAUUAAUUUAUGCAUCGGGUCCGGAUGGGAAAACCAUAGGUCCAUUUUGGAACGUGUCCAAUUUUUUGGGCCGUGAAGGCCUCUUACCAUCCAUUUUAGCUCUGAUGACCGCAUUCAAAAUGGAUGUCUGUUCUGGCUCACAUGCAUGCACACGAGGGAACACUCUCAAUACAAAUGAAUAUUUUAUUAAACUAAAUGUUUAUUAAUGUCCCCCUCUAUCUUUUUCUCUCUCUCUCUCUCUCUCUCUCUCUCUCUCUCUCUCUCUCUCUCUCUCUCUCUCUCUCUCUCUCUCUCUUCUUCUCCUCUCUGCCGGCAGCAGACACAGUUUGACUAAAGCCUCGACAUGCCUGUGGCGUUGACUGGCACCAAGCGUGUGGUACCCCCCCAGGUCCUGGAUACCCUGAGUGACAGCAACAGCUCCACCACCGCCAAUGACCUGGACCUCAUCUUCCUCAAGGGCAUCAUAGACAGCCCCGUGGAGCCAGAGAGUCUGGAGGAGACCAGAUUGGAGGCGGUGAGGGACAACAACGUAGAGCUGGUCGAGGAGAUCCUCAGAGAGCUGAGUCCCUUCACACAUCAAAGCAACACUGCAAAAGAGCUCACGCGCAUCCUCAUCGACCCCCACUUUCAGUCUCUGCUGGAGACCCAUGACUCGGUGGCGUCCCAGGUGUGUGACACCCCUCCACCCAGCCCCUGUGCCUACAUGGAGCCCCCCGUCAGCAACCAGCCCGUGCCCUCAGAUACCGUCCGGAUGGUGGGCAUCCGCAAAGUAGCUGGUGAACACCUGGGCGUGACUUUCCGUGUGGUGGCAGGGGAGCUGGUGAUUGCCAGGAUCCUCCACGGAGGGAUGAUCGACCAGCAGGGUCUCCUCCACACGGGUGACGUCAUCAAGGAGGUGAACGGGAAGGAGGUGGGUGAGGACCCGAGGGUGCUGCAGGAGAUGCUGCAGGAUGCCAGCAGCAGCGUGGUGCUCAAGAUCCUCCCCAGCUAUCAGGAGGGCCACGCGCCAGGACAGGUGUUUGUGAAGUGUCACUAUGACUAUGACCCGGCCACUGACAACCUGAUCCCGUGUAAAGAGGCGGGGCUUAAGUUCUACACCGGUGACAUCCUGCAGAUCGUCAAUCAGGGUGACCUCAACUGGUGGCAGGCUCGUCGUUGUGUGGAGGGAGGCAGUGCUGGGCUGAUCCCCAGUCAGCUGCUGGAGGAGAAGAGAAAAGCCUUUGUCAAGAGAGACAUGGAGCUAGCCCCUACAGGAAACCUUUGUACUGGAUUGGCGGGAAAGAACAAGAAGAAAAAGAUGAUGUAUCUAACCACUAAGAAUGCAGACUUUGACAGGCAUGAGUUACUGAUCUAUGAGGAUGUUGCCAAGGUGCCUCCGUUCCGCAGGAAGACGUUGGUUCUGAUUGGUGCUUUGGGAGUGGGCCGACGCAGCCUGAAGAACAAACUGCUGCUGUCUGACCCACAGCACUACGGCACCACCAUCCCCCACACCUCCAGAAAGCCAAAGUUAGGGGAGCGGGAUGGCCAGAUGUAUGCCUUCACCUCGCGGAGCAAGAUGGAGGCAGACAUCAAGAACGGUCGCUACCUGGAGCAUGGCGAGUACGACGGCAAUCUCUACGGCACCAAGAUGGACUCCAUCCAUGAGGUGGUGGAGGCCGGUCGAAUCUGUGUACUGGACGCCAAUCCUCAGGCCUUGAAGGUACUGUGGACGUCUGAGUUCCUGCCUUACGUGGUGUUCAUCGAGGCCCCUGAUUUUGAGGUCCUCAAGGCCAUGAACCAGUCGGCCAUCGAGACUGGAGUCGUCACCAAGCAGCUGACGGACUCAGAGCUAAAGAGAACAGUGGACGAGAGCCCCCGCAUUCAGACGGCCUACGGACACUACUUUGACCUCACCAUCGAGAGCUACAGGAACCUGAAGGCAGCUCUGGAGAAGGUCUCUGCUACCCAGCAGUGGGUCCCAGUCACCUGGGUCUUCUAGUGAGAGACAGAAGGACAAGAGGCUGGUGUUGAACACUUGUUCUCUCAUUGGUCAACACAAGACAUCCGAUGAUACUGCCUGGCUCAUCAUCACAGUGACCUCUGGACCUCUGACCUUUGGACCCCAUACAUAAGACUGAACUGACAGCAUUCUUUUUGCUGUGUACAUAUUGCUUUUGGAAAUUUGUCGACAAAACGUCAAGGAUUUUCUUGUUUGGACAUUAUGUGAUUCUGGUGUGUGUGUGUGCAUGUGUGUGUGUCUGUGUGUGCGUGCAUGCAUUUGUGUGGUUGCAGAGUGUCUUAACCAUAAUCAUGUUCGCUACAUUGAUUCUUUAGGUCAGCAGUAGUUUGUCUAUGUUUACAUGAAUCAUUAAAUGGACAUUCAGAAUACACACACACACACCCACACACACACACACACACACACACACACACACACACACACACACACACACACACACACACACACACACACACACACACACACACACACACACACACACACACACACACACACACACACACACACACACACACACACACACACUCAAAGGGAGCCAGCUGUCUUAUUCCCCGAAUUCUAUUUUUAUCACCAAAUUCUAUUUUUUGUACGGGGAGUUCAAGUUGAAACCCUUUUUGACACCUACUGUUGAGUAUUUCUUUUUUCUAUCAUUUCAAAAACGCAAGACGCUGAGGUGUGAACAUAAAACAUUCAAAUAAUUUGAAGAUAGCAUGUAGAUACACAGAGAGAUGUGUAUGACAGAUAGACUGUAAUACACAAUACAAACCUUUAUUUAUGUGACCACACGGCCACUUUUUAUAUGUGUUUUUGAUGUGUCGAAAGCCUUCUUUCUAUUUUAUAAAAAAAUAAAAUACUAUUUCCACCCAGGUCUGCUGUACAGUACAGUACACACCAAUUUGACAAAUAUACGUCUCCAGAUUUGCUUGAUGUUGGUUACAAAGAAGGCCUUCUGGAGCCAUUCAUCAGGCCUUCUGGGUAACCAACAGCAAGGAACCCAUCAAGUAAAACUCUGGAGCCAUUUUACUUGUUCAACUGGGCAGACCUCUUUAUUACACUUUUGCAAUAGAGGACCUUGUGAUGCAGUAGUACAGGAUGCGUGGUCUAUUGGGUCGGUUGAAAUUGAUGCACCCCAGGCUUUGGGAAAUUUGGUGAUAAUUCGUUUGGGAAAGAGAAAGCUAAAGGCACUCUAGACACAAAACAGAAGAAAACAGACUGAGGAUGUACUUCUUCUCCAAUAGGAUACGCUUGUUUUUGUUUUCUGUUGCGAAACAUUUAGCUAUAAUGUGCCCUAAUAAAUAUGACCCUGGAAACUCCAGAGGAAUGACACACGACACACAACAAUGACAAGUUUGUGUGCUCCCGAUGAGUGUAAGGUCAUAGGCUCUUAAUUUUAGUAUGGUUUCUACAUUCCAUGAUGCUCACAUGUAUCCAUGGCAUUUUCAAACACCAAGAAUAUGAGUUUGGAGAUUUCAAUUAGAUGAAUUCAUGAUUGAACAAUUUCAAGAUGCCUCUGUAUUUGACUGUGUAUCAGUCACAGUUUCUAGAUGUACUGUAAAUGACAGACUGUGAAUGUAGAUAAACAAUAGACUAGAGGCAAACGCUAACUACAGUAACAGUGUAUUGUUUAAAGGAAAAUGAACUAUGCAUUUGAUGAUGCGCACAAAUUAAAUGCUUAAAAUC